GACUCGGUCAUCCUACACGGGCCCGUCGACUCAACAGGGCGUCACCGGAUUGUCCGAAAGCUCUCGGCUUUUUUUCUCCCCUCCCUUCUUUCGUCAGCCGAAUCGAGAAGGAGACUAAGGAAAAGAAAAUGGGAAGCCAGGAGAAUGUGAAGCACCUUGAGGAAUGCUCAGUUUCCAAUGCACUAGGGACAUGGGUUUUCUCGGUUCUUGGGGCAUUGGCCGCAAUUCCAGUGGGAAUCAAACGCAAGUCUUUAGCACCACUCGUGUUCUUUGGCACGACCGGGACAAUGCUCGACAUCAUAAUUGGUGUCAGUCAGUGCGAGAGAGAGCACGCUGAACGUCAGAUGAAGUUACUAGAAGCUCAGAACGCUUCAGCCGACCCCGACUCCACGACCUUUUCCGAGUCAGAUUAAAACAUCUUCCAUUUUCAAUGUCUUGCCCCCUUUUUUCAGUUCAAUGGAGAACUUGUAAUAAGAGAUCCAUUCUGUAUUUUGCAUCAGUGAACGUGUAAGGCCAUUUCACGCUGAAUGCGUCUCAAGAACAAGUUGAGAACGAAGGUUUUUCAUGACUUUCCUGUAUUUGCGUAGUUUCUCUU